CUUGCGGCCGAGACUGCGCCUGCCCCCGCGGGUCUGCUGCCGCCUUGAGCGCCGCGUCCCCUUGGCCGGGACUCCUGCUGCCGCCGCCGCCGCCGCCUCUUCCGCCGGCUCCAUGAGCAGCUGCGUCCGGCCGCGGCCAUGGCUCGGAUCCCGGCGUACCUCCACCCGGCCGCCGCCGUCCUGGUCUUGGUCAGCUGCGACCUGUGCCUGGUGCGCGCCAAUAGACCACCAUCUCCUGUCAAUGUAACCGUCACCCAGCUGAAGGCAAACUCAGCAACCGUCUCCUGGGAUGUCCCAGAAGGAGACAUCAUCAUCGGCUAUGCCAUCUCACAGCAGCGGCAGGACGGAAGGAUGCAGCGGUUCAUCCGGGAGGUGAACACCACCAACCGGGCAUGUGUCCUGUGGGACCUGGAGGAGGACGCCGACUACAUCAUCCAGGUGCAGAGCAUCGGCCUCUACAGCGAGAGCCAGGCCAGCAAGAGGGUCCACUUCCGCACCCUGAAGCAGAGCGACCGCCUUCCGUCCAACAGUUCCAACCAGGCGUGUCUCUCUGCAGGAGACAUCACCAUGGAGGGCCUAGACAAGGAGCGGCAGCUGCAGACAGGGGAAAUUGUCAUCAUCGUGACAGUGCUCUUCAUGUGGGCAGCGGUCAUCGCGCUCUUCUGCAAGCAAUAUGACAUCAUCAAGGACAAUGAUUCCAACAACAACAAGGAGAAGACGAAGCCUUCCUCGGAGCACAGCACCCCGGAGCGGCCCGUGGGUGGGUUACUUCGCAGCAAGAAGAAAUCGCCCUCUGUCAAUAUCAUCGAAGUGUAGCUGUUGCCGCAGCCAAGAGCAUUAUGGGAUGCUGGGACCUCGCUGGGCUCGUGGCCGGGCUCCCCCCUGCAUGCAAAGAAUUUAUGCUUCUUGUCCUCGCGGAAUCUGCAUGGAGCCAGCCUCUACAACGCCGACGCCCACCAGUCACCUGCUAGCGGCCGCUGGGAGCAGCUGCGACGACGACGACGACGGGACCUCCUCCGUGGACCUGCAGCCUCAGCCAGCCAUGCCUCGGACCGUCUGGGCACAGCCUCCUUUCCCGACAGGGCAGGAAGCCCGGGCAGAGGGCUGCCUUCCCCUUCAGCCCCUUCCCCUCGGCCUGGACGGAAGCGGAAGCCUCGGCUGCCCCCGGGCCCGGCCCCCCAGCGGCUCUCCUGGGCCGGCUCCAACAGGCCCCUGGGCGCAAGGGCGAGUUUAGCCAAGCCCUAAAGCGUGGCGCGGGGCAGCAGGGAGGAAGAGGCCCCAGGGCGAGGCUGGGAGGCAGGCCACGGCCACGGGGCAGAAGCCAAGCAGGAGGCUCAGGCCCGACUGCAUCCCCACAAGGAACAGCUGCUGCAGAGGCCCCCUGGAGAAGAGCCCCACUCGGCUCCUGGGGGUAGCGGAGUGGGAAGGGAGCCCCAGCCGGGGGCCUAGAAGAGGGAGGCCGAACGGCUUGCUUGCACCUGCCUUCCCCGCCCGCCAGCGCACAGCCCACGGGCCAGAAUGCCAACGGCCCUGCCCACCCCCCUGCAAGGCAGAAGACCACACGCGGCCUCUUCCCAGCUCACCAGCCCCUUCCCUCAGGAAGCCGAUGCCAGUGAAGCAGCCGGCGGCCCUCCAAGCCUGCCCCACAGACUGCCAGCCUGCGCCCCCCCCCCGCCCAAGGCACACCAGCAACUCCCCACUCGUCUUCCAGGAAUCCCGCUCUUCCAGCCGGGGGCGUCUGCUCGGAGUGCAGGGAGGAGAGGAAGCCCCCGGGGCUGCUGAGGCCUCCUGGGGCAGGGCAGAGGCCACGGUGCCCUCCUGCUCUGCUCUCACCCCCAGGAAGCCUGCGGAGGAGCCGGUUCCCUGGCAGCCCCUGGCCAGAGUGGAAAUGCCCAGCAGAAAACUCUGCCUGGCACUCAGCGGAAGGGAUUUCAGGGGAGGCAGCCGGGACGGGGAGGGGUCUGGCAGCCACGCCUCGAAGGAAGGGUGGAGGGAGAGGAAGCCGUAGCAGAUUUAGGCGAGCCAUUGGGGAGACUCUCCUCCCGGCUAGGGCUGUGGGACAGGGGCGGGUCCUCUUUCCCUGGAGGACUGUGAGCGGAGACUGGGUGGCCAUCGGUCAGGGAUUGGGCAAGGGAGGCCUGCAGAGAGUUGGACCAGAAGGCUUCUAGGUCCCUCCCAGCUCCAAUGACCUCUCACUCGUUCACCUUCUUGACAACUAAGGGGCUAGUCCUCAGGGCCAAUACACCUAGGCAACUUACUGGCAACCCAACCCACAGCCCAACAGCUUUGUCCUCCCAGCGGUGUUCAGAGUCCUUGGAGAGGAUUUCCCCAGGAGGAGCUGGCCUUGGCGCUCUUCGCACCCCCCAAACCCUCCUAUGCAGGUCUAAAGAAUGCCGUCUGAGCGCAGUAGUGGGCGUCUGGCCCUGAGUGGGGGAGGCUCCGUCUCCAACAGGCCUCAAAGGAGGCAGAGUGAACAGGAGAGUCCUUUGGGGCGGGAUGCCAGCGAGCAAGGCCAGCCCAGGCAAACUGGUGCCCCCUGCCUGCAGGCCAGUGGCAAGGCUGGGUCAGCCGCCCCCCCCCCCCCGCCCUCCAAGGAGAUGCAGCUGCCUGCAUGGGAACCCCUCUUGGCGGCUGCUUUGCCCACUAACAGCCCAAGGCCUGGGGAUAAUCUCCUCCUCCUCCUCCUCCUCCUCCUGGGCGGGGGCUCAGGAGGCUCUUCCUGCAGCAGAGGAGAGGUGGGCUGACCCCACCUAGGAGGGCUCCAGCUUCCUGCCCAGUCCAAGGCUGCUCCUCCUCCAAGCGUGGCCAGAGAGAGGCUGGCACAGUCCCGACACCUCGCCAGCCCUGCCCCAGAGGCCACUGGCCAGGGGCGGAGCCCUAGACGCCAAGGGGCAGGAGAAGAGGCGGGCCCCAACAUGCGCGGAGGUAGGCCCAGCAAAGAGGCAGAAGCCGCAACCUCCACUGGUGCCGAGAGCCACCCCCAAGAGCGGGACAAGAGCUGCCGCUGAGGAAGAAAGCCACAGCAGGAGGAGAGUAGAAAUGGUUUAUUUCCCUUCCGAAAAAAGGGCAUUAAAAACUAGUCUUUUGCUACAA